ACCUGAACUGAGAAAGGAGAGGAAAACCAUUUGCGGCUCGCCUCAGAGAACCUAAGGACAGAGACAAUCUCCAGUUCCAUCUCUCCCAUCAUGGGUCGUAUGCACAGUCAUGGAAAGGGCAUGUCAGCCUCAGCCCUGCCAUACAAGAGAAGUUCUCCUAGCUGGUUGAAGGUCACUGCUCCAGAUGUUGAAGAGAACAUCUGCAAGUUUGCAAAGAAGGGUAUGACUCCAUCUCAGAUCGGUGUGAUUCUUCGUGACUCGCAUGGCAUUGCUCAGGUUAAGAGCGUGACUGGAAGCAAGAUCUUGCGUAUUCUUAAAGCUCAUGGUCUUGCUCCUGAAAUUCCUGAGGAUCUUUACCAUCUUAUCAAGAAGGCAGUGUCAAUUAGGAAGCAUUUGGAGAGGAAUAGGAAGGAUAAGGAUUCAAAGUUUCGGUUGAUUUUGGUUGAGAGCAGGAUCCACAGGCUCUCUCGUUACUACAAGAAAACAAAGAAGCUUCCUCCUGUCUGGAAAUACGAGUCAACCACUGCCAGCACUCUGGUUGCUUAGGUUAGGAAAGCAAGGUGGAAGGUUUGGGUAUUAUUUACAUGGAAGGACAGAGAAGCCUAGAGAUUAUAGUUGCUCGCUUUUGUGCUCUUCAGAUUUUGUAUCAACUUUUGCAUUAAUCGCACUACUCUGUGUGUCUUGGAUGUUUUCUUUCAUCAAUUCAAGUAUUUCUUGUUGUGGAUGUUACUUAAGGAAAUCCGAUUUUGUAUCAA